AAUAUAAAGUCACAAUAAAUUCGGGACAUAUAUUGUCCGUAAAUUUCCGCUUCUUAAAUCACUGAUUCUAGUAGAUCCUUAAAAGGAAACUUUUAACAUAUGACGUAUAAUAUCAUUUGGAAUAUGACGCGGCACGUUAAUGUAGUUCAAAGUGCGAAUCGUGUAGCAAACACUAGUAAUAUGUAUUUAUAAAAUCCGAUUUAUUUAUAAUAAUAAUAUAAUUGCGUAUUACAUAUUUAAUAAAAAUAAUUCGAAAAGGAGAAACGAUCGAGGUAGUCUUUCAAGAUGAAAUGUUAGAAAGUUAUUCGAUGGAUGCAAGGAUGACAUCAGCUAUUUUUUGGGGUUUGCAUGCUGUUUGAUUUAAAAGAGGGCUUGAAUUUCAAUGAACACUCAUUGAAAAAUGGAAGAAGAUGAUGAAGUUUCUCUUACAUGCACACGACGAAAAAGCAGUAUUCCUGGAGUAACAAUAACCUCAUAUCGGUCGGCGCAAAACGGCUUAAAUCAAGGCUCAGAACAAACACUGUAUCAAAGUGUUCGCAAUACUCUGUACGAAGACGCAAUAAGUAUGAAUAGUAUGCACAGUGCUGUGUCUCUGGAUAAUGUUCAGCCUUCAAAUGAUUCGUCCACUAUAAAUAAUGAUACAAACGAUGAUACAAACGAAACAGUUAUAGAAAAUAACUAUACAGAUACAAGAAAUAGUAUACGUAACUCAAGAUUGCUUUCUCAUUCUGGUACCAAGUAUAGUUUAUAUUUUUGUGAUGAAAUUCGCUCAAUCGAUUUUAUACUUGUAUGGGAUGAGUAUAAUGGAGAAGCACAAACCUAUCGCAAUGUUGAACGCAGAAGGAUAUUUGAGAUAAAUUUGGAAAAAGAAGGAUUGCAAUUGGAAUAUGAACAGGUGGAAACAAAUGGCUUGCAUUUCAUAAAAAUUCAUGCACCCAAGACAGUUCUACGGCGAUAUGCAGAAAUAUUGAAAUUGAGAUUGCCAAUGAAAGAAUUGUCCGGCUCCUAUCAGCGUCAAACAAGCAACAUUCCUAUUAUCCAAGAAGUCAAUACAUUUAUUCGACGAAUUAUGAGCAAAUAUUAUGUCGACACAACUAUUUUUCCGACAAUGAAACAAAAUUUUACAGCAGUGUAUAGCAGAGAUAAAGAAUAUUUAUUCGAUCUAAAUUCGCCCAAUUUUUUCACAUCGGCAACUCGAUCGCGUAUUGUACAGUUUAUAUUGGAUAGAACUAGAUUCACAGAAACCAAGGAAGAUGAUUUCGCGUUUGGUAUUGAAAGAUUAAUAUCUGAACAUGCAUACGUCGCAGCAUAUCCACUUCAUGAUGGAGAUCUACGUACUGCAGAUUCAAUGCGUUAUCUUUUGUACAAAGAAUGGGCCAGUUUGAGAAAAUGCCUUCAUUACCAACCCUUGGAUUAUAUUAAAGAGUAUUUUGGUGUGAAGAUUGGACUUUACUUUGCUUGGCUAGGAUUCUACACUCAUAUGUUGAUUCCAGCUAGUAUUGUUGGUCUCUUAUGUUUCAUAUACAGUUGUGCCACUUUAUAUUACAAUAAACCAAGUGAAGAUAUUUGUAAUUACAAUGGUACUAUCGAAAUGUGUCCAUUAUGUGAUCAUUUUUGUGGCUAUUGGGAUCUCAAGGAGACAUGUUUACACGCGAGAAUUACAUAUUUAUUUGAUAAUCCCUCAACUGUGUUCUUUUCUAUAUUUAUGUCAUUAUGGGCCACAUUAUUCCUUGAAUUAUGGAAGAAUUAUUCUGCUGAAAUAACCCACAGAUGGGAUUUGACUGGUUUAGAUGCUCAAGAAGAAUAUCCUAGGCCGCAGUACUUAGCACGGCUUGCCCACAUUAAAAAAAGAUCUAUUAAUAUUAUUACAAAUACAGAAGAACCAAAAGUACCAUAUUGGAAGAUGAGAUUUCCUGCCACAAUUCUUAGUUUCUCAGUUGUUUUACUCUUAAUAGCGGUAGCCAUGGCUGCUGUGCUUGGGGUAGUCCUGUAUAGGAUGUCUGUUUUAACUGCAUUAAGUGUUUAUGGAAAUCCUAUGGUAACCAGUUAUGCUAUAUUGUUUACUACUGCCACUGCUGCAAGCAUUAAUCUCUGUUGUAUCAUUUUGUUUAAUUGGCUAUAUGUUUGGUUGGCAGAAUAUUUGACAGAGCUGGAACUACUUCGUACUCAAAGCGAAUUCGAUGAUAGCUUAACUCUAAAAAUUUACUUAUUAGAAUUUGUCAAUUACUAUGCCUCUAUAUUUUAUAUAGCCUUCUUUAAAGGAAAGUUUAUUGGCUAUCCAGGAAAUUACAAUCGUUUUUUUAACUUUCGACAAGAAGAAUGUGGACCAGGUGGUUGUCUUUUAGAAUUAUGCAUUCAACUGAGUAUUAUCAUGAUUGGCAAGCAAACUGUGAACACUAUCUUGGAGAUGCUUUUCCCACUAUUUUAUAAAUGGAUGAAUACUUUGAAAGUACAUGUAGGUGCAAAAACAUUGAACGAUAAUAAUAUGAGAUAUUCGUCUAGAAAAAAUUUGCAGUGGAUCAGAGAUUAUAAAUUAGUUGAAUGGGGACCCAGAAGUCUUUUUCCCGAAUAUUUAGAAAUGGUGCUACAGUAUGGAUUUGUUACAAUCUUCGUCGCUGCAUUUCCGUUGGCGCCGUUUUUUGCAUUAUUGAAUAAUGUUUUCGAGAUGAGAUUAGACGCAAAAAAGUUAAUAAUCAUGUACAGGAGACCGGUCGGACAGCGCGUAAGAGAUAUAGGCAUAUGGUAUCGCAUUCUCGAUUCCAUUUCCAAGUUGUCUGUUAUUACUAAUGCAUUCAUCAUAGCUUUUACUUCAAACUUCAUACCAAGAUUAGUUUAUCUUAUAACAGUUUCUGAUAAUUACUCAUUAGAAGGUUUUCUGGAGCAUUCUUUGUCAAAAUUUAAUACUAGCGAUCUGAAAAGUGAUACUCAACCUAAGAAUCAAACCUCAGUCGAGAUUUGCCGUUAUCCAGAUUACAGAGAAUCGUCAGAUUCGCCAAACAAGUAUGAUUACUCCAUCAUUUUUUGGCAUAUACUAGCUGCUAGAUUAGCUUUUAUCGUCGUUUUUGAGAAUGUCGUGGCAUUUGUGAUGAUUCUUGUACGGUGGUGUAUUCCUGAUAUGAGUCCGAAAUUACGUGACAAGAUACGUCGCGAAGCAUACAUCACUAAUGAAAUUGUUAUACAUCAAGAAGCAUUACGUGCUCUGGAAAGGCCCGAGACUGAUAUAGAGCCAGGAGUUACGCAAACAUACGUAGUUGCCAACGAAAGUACCGAUAGAUGGAAUAGAGUUAUGAGAGAUUGUUUAUCGACUUCCGAACUCGAUUUAGAAGUCCAUGGGUCUCCUAUCUCCCCGGUUAAUACAACUCCGCGUAUUAGCCCUGCUGCAGUUUGAUCAGGAAAAUUCGUCAAAUUUAUGCGAAUUUAUGCAGGUGUAGCGUAAUUUGUUAAAAACUAUUAGAUUAGUACAAAAGAUAUGUCAUUUUUGUCAAAGUAUUAAUAAUUGGACAUUAUAUUCUCCUUCUUUCUCUCUCCCUUUCUCUUUCUCUGCUUUUACAUAAAUAAUUUUUAUUAAUUGAAAUAGAGUUACUAUUAUAACUUAGAAACACUUUUUAAAAUUUUAGAC